AUGCCCGUACUAGUGAGGCUCUAGCUAGCGUCAGACGCUUCCCGGCCUCACCACACGCACGCACGCCCCCAAAACAAAACACAUAGACACCUUCCGCUUCAAGCCUCCUCCGAAUUCAGCAACCGCCGCGCCCUUGCCCAGCCGAGCUCUCUCAACUCAAAAGCAGAGUGCUAGCAGAAGCGCCUAAAAGCCACCGCCGCCACAUGCUGCGGUAGCUAAACAGAAGCACAUGCCAUUGCCAAGCUCGCGUACGAGAUCAUAGCCGGGAGGAAUUGGAUGGCUGAACCAGCCACGCAAUGCAGGGGAAAUGUGGUGGGCAGCGAGGGUGGUAGUGGUGGUGGGGGCAUGAGAACGGUGGAGUGCCUGAGAGGGCGGCUGCUCGCCGAGAGGGUGGCAUCCAAGGCGGCCAAGGAGGAAGCCGACCAGCUUGCCGCCAGGCUGGAGGAGCUGGAGAAGAAGCUCUCGGACGAGGUCAAGAUCAGGAACAAGGCGGAGAGGAGGCUCAGGAGGGCCAUAAAGAGGCUGGAGUCUCUCAAGAUUCUGGACGUGGAGCUCUCCGAGAGCUCCGCCGGGUCGCUGUCCUCCAAUGGCGGCUGCUCUUCUUCCAGCCACCAUGUGCCGGAGAGGAACGAGAACGACCCUGGCUCGUUGAGCACCGUUGAUUCCGGCCUUCGCGGCGGCAAGGACAAGGGAUGGGACGGCUCCUCGGCCGGCUCGUGCACACAGGUGAACUCCUCCCAGGACGGGAGCUGGUUCUCGGUUGUGUCCGAGCAAUCCGGGUCUGGGCUCUGCAAAGGGGAAACUCGCGUGGAUUCUGACGACGCCAAGAACUGCGGUUCCGGCGACAGCGCUGGUGGUGUUGAUGAUGGUUCAGAGAGGGAGGAGCAAGAACAACCCGGCGCGUCCAGUGGCUCCUCGAAAUCGGAAGAUGGGAGCUACCGCGACGAGGCCGACGACAGGCUCGCGUUGGUGCUGGUAGGCGACCCACAUCACGAAGAUGGGUCGACGACGGAGGGCAACACCGACCACAGCAAGGAAGAAGAGAACAACAAGCUGGCCAUCGUCCUGGCGGACCCGCAGCCGCGCCGCGACGCCGAGUCGGGCUCGGGUGGCAACGACGUGCAGUCCGUGCUGCUGGCUCUGCAGCGGGUCAAGGAGCAGCUGCGCUACACCAUCCAGAGGAGGUCGGAGGCGGAUGGGCUUGUCACGCACAGGGAGCUCUACGGGCACUGAACUGACGCGCCUCGGUGAACUUCUUCCAGUUACUGCCCCCUUCUAGGCUUCUACCCAUGUGUAUUUAUAGAUUGAGGAAUAUAUGUACGAAGCUGAAUAAGGCUACCCUUUGUUUGUUCUUUACUGGAGUGGUACCUUUUGCGGUUGUCCAAAGGAAAGCAUUCGAUGCACGGAUGUGCGUAACUAGCCAAUACUAGCAAUUACUUGGAUC